UGCCACCCUCACCGCCGCCACAGAUGCCGACGAGCCGCUCCUACCAACCCGGAAGUACUCCUUCAGCCCGGAGGCAGCCUCGCCUUCCCGAGAACACUUCCGGGUCAAGCCGUUCCAGCCGGAAAAGGGCUCGGUGCAGCUCGGGUUGGUCUUCACUCACAUGUUUAACCUUGAAGACUUCAAAAUACAUUUGGAUCUACUACUUUUCUGGAAAACUCCAAUACCAAGCAAUAAAUUACCCACUGUACUCUCAUUAUAGUAUAGAAACUUUUCAGUUCUCCAAAUCUAAAUAAGAUUGUCUCCCCUUUUCCCAUGAAGCCACAUUGUUGUUUAUUCACUUUAGUAGUGAGUGUUACUGUGCCGGCUGCUUUUGUUUUGGAAGAUGGAGACUUCAACCAAAUGGACCCACAUAAUGGAGCAAAUCAUAGUUCUUUCAAUGUGUCAUUUCCCCCAAGCUUUGAACUCUCAGCAGGCUCCCACUCAGGUGAUAAUGUUAUCAUAGCCAAAGAGGGAGCUAGUGUUUCAAUCGAGUGUCUUCUCACAGUCAACCACUAUGAAGAUAUCCAUUGGUACAACUCAAAAGGACAGCAUCUGGAUGACAGAGGCAGAGGUGGAAAAUGGUUGGUUUCUCAUAACUUCCUGAAUAUCACCAACGUAGCCUUUGAUGACCGUGGGCUCUAUACAUGUUUCGUCACGUCUCCAAUUCGUGCCUCCUACUCUGUCACCCUGCGCGUUAUCUUCACCUCGGGAGACAUGAGUGUCUACUACAUGAUUGUUUGUCUGAUUGCCUUUACAAUCACUCUCAUCUUGAAUGUCACACGGCUCUGCAUGAUGAGCAGCCAUCUUCGUAAGACCGAAAAGGCUAUUAAUGAAUUCUUCAGAACCGAAGGGGCCGAGAAACUUCAGAAGGCCUUUGAGAUUGCAAAACGCAUCCCCAUCAUCACCUCGGCUAAAACUCUGGAGCUUGCCAAAGUCACACAGUUUAAGACCAUGGAGUUUGCUCGUUACAUAGAAGAACUGGCACGAAGCGUCCCUCUUCCACCCCUUAUUCUAAACUGCAGGGCAUUUGUUGAAGAGAUGUUUGAGGCUGUGCGAAUGGAUGACCCUGAUGACUUGGGAGAAAGAAUUAAAGAGAGACCUGCCUUGAACGCUCAAGGUGCCAUCUAUGUCAUUAACCCAGAGAUGGGACGGAGUAAUUCACCAGGAGGAGAUUCAGAUGAUGGUUCUCUGAAUGAACCAGGCCAGGAAAUAGCAGUUCAGGUUUCUGUUCACCUUCAGUCAGAAACCAAAAGUAUUGGUACAGAUUCUCAAGACAGCAGUCAUUUCAACCCACCUGACGAUAUGGGAUCUGCAGAGGCCAACUCUAACUACAAAGAUGGGCCAUAUGAAAACCAGCUGUGAGCUCCCAGUACCUACAAAAACUGCUCUUGGAAUAGGGAACCUGUUUCAUGCAGGACAUAACAUUUUACCAAGAGAUGACUGGGGUUUUCCCCUUGUUCAAAUUAAGCACAUCAGAACAUACAGUGUUGCCAAAAUCUUUGUAAAAAUGCAGCAUUUUUCCUAUCUGAUACUUCUCAGUCAUUUUCCUCAAUCUUGAGUAGCUGAUAGACAUUCCUAUUUAAAGGAACCUGAGAGGUAAAAGUGAUGGGGAAAGUACCACCCUAAGAGUUCCAUGGCUUCUCUUCUGGUCACAGUUCUCCCAGUGGUUAGGGCUGACGUAUAUCUUGAGGCCUCAGUUUUCCUACCAAUAAGAUGAGGGAUUUUCAUUAACUAAUGUGUUUCUAGCAUUAUCACUUUAAUCCACUGAAAUCUUUAGCACAUCUCUAAAUAAGCCUGUCUCUGGACUUUUAGUCCCUUUUUGUGGAAAGGACCAAGUUGAGACUUUAUUCUGUAGUUUAGAUUUCUACACCAGUGCCAUAGUGCAUAAAAGGUAUGGGUGUUUUUUGGACAUUUUGCCUUGUGGAGUAUGCAAUUGCAUGUGCUAGGUUGAAUCUUUUCAGUGUAGCUCAGGUCUGUAUUGUUACACAGAUAUCAGGGAGCUAACUGCUCCUUAGUAAACUACUUUCCAUGAGUAAAUUGGUCCUUUGGGGGGCUAUAUCACAUCUUUUUAACUUACUGAGGUGUCAUUGAGCUGGCAGUGAUUUCUCAAAAGUGAGCGAUUUGUUUCUAAGGAAUACCGUCUUCAGUGCUUUUAGAAUAAGAAACAGUGUCAAAUCAUCUGUCUCUGGUAAAUCAUGGAUUUUGACACUUCUGUUAAGAGAAUUUCUCAGGCUUUCCCUUUUUAAAAGUACUGGACUCGACAAGAGGGUUCUGUGUUUGGGAUCCCAUUCCCAGGGGAAACCCAGAGCUGGACUCCUCUUCAGAUCUCUGUCAACCUUCCUGCCCUCUGUGGUCUUAAAUAUGGUGCUAACAGUCGCAUGCCUGCCUCCUUAUCUUGUUUGUUUUGUUUAUAUUUUAUUGUUGUUGAGGUUUUUAUUUUUGUAUACUUCAGAUAAAGAAUUGAGCUAGGGCUGCUUUUGUGGCCUCUCUGGGUUGUACUAACCUGAAAUGAGAUUAGAUAAUGGUGUGUGAUGUAUGUUACUAUAUUAAAUAUAUUAAAUACAUAUGCAUAUAUUGAUGUAUAUACACAUAUAUACAAGUAAUCAAGACAUACAGAAGAAUAAAAAUUAUGGGUGAUGCCACCUGAUUCAACUGUGUGUAAUAAACACUUAAGACACUAUUUCUUGUCUGGCUGAGAUCUGAUAUAAUGGAUUGUACAUACUCUUUAGAAUAAUUUACUUGCUAUAGGAAGCUUCGUGUCACAUAAUUUUAAGAACUUGGCAGUGGAGCUCCAUUUGGUACUUCACGUUUCUUCAUUUGGCUUCUGAUUAUUGAAGCAUUAUUGAACUAGUGGGUCCUGAGGGAAAUGUUCAGAGGUUUUAUCUGGAUUUUAAUUUAAGGUAUCAAAUGGAGAAAGGUAGGAAAUCCCAAGUGUGACCAGAUAGAACUCAUGCCUCCCUUUGUCCGGGCUUAUCGGAAAUAAUACCUCUGCUCUGGAGGGCACGAAUGAAUCCAUGCACAGUUAUAUCAGAUGGCUUUAGGGAUGAAUAUGAUAAUACAGCCUCUUCUGUCUCUCUGACUGUUUCCAUGGAAACCUUCAGAGCCAAACAAAGGCUACCAGUCAUUUAGCCAAAGCUUGCCUUGGCUCAUCGACUUGUAUUUCUUUAAGGAGAUUGCUUCCAUACAUUUGGCUAUGAGAAUAGGGGCUCUGGAACAUACCCUAGAUUAUAGAGCACUUUUCCCUUCCCAGAAUGUUUCUCUUGAAAAAUUAAAACUUUUCAAAAUCCCUUGUUUGAGAUCUGUCCCCUGAACAUUUCUCAUAUCUUCAGAUAGUACCCCAAUUCUGUCCCAAAGUAGCAUCUCUGGGGGCAUUUCUUAGAAUGUAGCUUGUCACAUUAAAGAGAAUGAAUUUACCCCUGAUGUUCCCAUAAUGGACAUGGUAUUUGGAGCCCUAAGGUAGAUAUUUAAUGAUCGAGGCCAUGGAAAACAGGGCUUCGUAAAAAUACAGAAAAUAUUGAAAAAAACUAUAAGUCUAGACAAUACUAUAAAAUAAUUAAGUCCAGCUAUUCCAGUGUAUCCUGGAUAUUAUUUUAGAAGCAUAAUGAUGACUUAAGUUGGUGGCCAAAGUAACUAGUUUACUUUGAAUAUUCCAGGUGUCAUUGAUAAGAAAUUAAAUUAGGUCAAAAUUUAAUCAGAGUUGAUAUUUUUAAAGCUAGUUUUCAAGAGGAAGGAAAUCACACUAAUAUUUUCUGUAUCUAAUGAAAAGACUCCACAUAUAAUUAAUAGUCUCAUGUUAUCUUAUAAAAUCUUUAACCUUUUGAACUUAAACUAUACUCUAAAAGUCUUUUUAUAAUAACUGGUGUAAUUAUCCUUUUGCCUCAUUGGAUUUUAUAGUUGGUGAAAAUGCCUAUACUCAAUAAAAUGUAUUUGAAAUAUUAA